AUGGGAUUUCUUCGUGGAGACCAAUUUUGUGUUGGGUUAGCAUUGAUAAUUGAUGGUGAUAUUCAGCUUGGUGUCUUAGGAUGUCCAAAUUUACCAGUAGAUCUUAAAGCACCCGAGGGUGAAAGAGAAUGUUUGUUUGUUGCCAUUAAGGGACAAGGUGCUUUUCAGCACAAGUUUUCUUCAACUGAAGAGAUACAAAUUCAUAUGGCAGAUAUUUCAUCACCAUCAGUAGCUUCAUUUUGUGAAUCAGUUGAAACCUCACAUUCUUUACAUGAUGAUGCGGCAAAAAUUGCAUCAUUACUUGGAAUCACAAAGCAGCCUCUCCGAAUUGAUAGUAUGUGUAAAUACUGCGCAGUUGCGAGAGGUUAUGCAGAUAUUUAUCUAAGAUUGCCUGUUCGUCCUGAUUAUGAGGAGAAUAUCUGGGAUCAUGCAGCUGGAUGUGUUCUUAUUAAUGAAGCAGGAGGAACAGUUGCAGAUAUUUAUAAUAAACCUUUGGAUUUCUCUUUAGGAAGAACUUUAAAAUCCAACAAAGGAGUCAUGGUUGCACAUUCUAAAAUAUUCGGACAAGUAAUCGAUGCUGUUUAG